AUGUAUCUAAAUAACUCAGAAUUUUAUAGUGGAAGUGGUUAUAAACAGUCAGGAUUUCUAAAAAAAUGGAAGGAGAAACUUUUGGUGUUUGAUCAAAAAUCUAAGGUAGUUAAUGAUGAAAUUUUAGAUUUUAUAAAUAUAAGAUGCUAAGAGUCAAACUCAAAAAUAAAUAGAUAUUUAAAAUUACAACAUUAAAAAGCUAGGAAAGUAUUAAGAGAAAUGGUCAUUAAAAUUAUCAACAGGAUCAAAUGAUUUGAAAUUGGGGUGGAAUAGUGAAAAAGAUUGUUAGCAAUGGAUUGAUUGUUUUACAGGUGAAUGGAAAAAAAAAUAAGAACACCUAAGAUUUUUAGAGGAGUUUGAUAAAUCUCAACCUGAAGUUGAACCAGUUAUAGAAAAAUAACCGUUAGUUUUUAGACCAAAACCAAGCUUAAUGUCUCGUGAUAAAAUAGAAAAUAUGAUUCCUCAUUUACCAUAAUUUAUUUAAGUAAAGAAAAAGAAUAAAUAAAUAGAAAGAUAUGGAGAUUUUAUUAUAAAAUACCCUAGAGCAUUUGGAUGGAUUUAGCGAUAUAUAAAAUUUUAAGCAAAUUUUAGAUUAAGAGAAUGCUAAAUUGUAUUAAGACCCAAACGAUAAUUUGCAUAUGAAAUUAGUUUAUUAUUCUAAAAUAGAACCUAGAAGAAUUUAUGAUGUAAAUAUGCAAAUAAUUUAUUAAAGGAACAUGUAAUGCCAUCCACAUAAAGUUGGUUACCUGAUGUAAUUAAGCAAUUUUAAGUAUUUCCAACUAAGAAAGGAUGUAGUUUGGUAUAUUUAGAAUUUGAGUUUAAAGAUUAUGAAAUUCGUAGAUAGCAUAGUAUUUAAGAUGAAGAAAUCUAAGAAUAAGAAGAAUAGAAUCCUUGUUAAUUUAAUUUAUCUCAUUCAUUAAAUUAAAAUGAAUAGGAGGAGAAAAAUAAAAUAAGAAUAGUUUUUACUUAAAAAGGAUUUGAGAAGGAUGGUAUCUAUUGUAUAUUUCGUAAAUAUACAGGAUAAGAAAUGUAUCAUGAUUAAAUUGAUAAGAACUUAGCAAAUUAAUUAGAUAAGUAUAAAAUUGUUAGAUCAGCUCUGGUUGUUUAGCCAUCAAAGUAAUAAAAUUGAUAUCAUUUAGCAAACAGGAAUUUAAAAGUUUACUAAUUGAAGAGAUCUAUGUAGAUUGUAAAGAUUAGGAUGCUGGUGAAAAAUUAUUAAAAAUCUUAUUGUUAAAUAUUACAUCUUCAGAUAGAAAUUUGAUACAAAUUCAAUAAGAAAUAUAAUUGAUUACAGAGAAUGUGGAAGUUAAGAACUUAGAACGAUUUGAAACAAUGUAGAUAUCAAUAAAAUUAACUGAAUCUGAGAUACAAAGGAUAACUUCUGAAUAACAUUAGAUUUAAUCAAAGGAAGAGUUUUAAAAAUUAAUUGAAAAGGUGGGGAAUGGAGAAUAUAUAUUAGAUGCAAUAACAUAGUAUUCAGAUUAACAAAUUAUUUCUGGUUUAGAAAAGUAACUACAGACUAAUGAUGAAGAAGGUCAUUUUUUAUAUACUAAAUUCUAUAGAGUAGAUACUAAUAAAGGAGGUUUAACUUAUCAUAAUGAAAAAUUAUUGAAAGAUUAAAGAUCUGUUCUAUUAAAUAUGAUUAAAAGAAUGGGAGCUAAUCUUAUUUAAGGAAAGUCUGUAAUGUCUGUAUCUUUGCCUAUAUAAAUAUUUGAAAGUAGAUCAUUUUUAGAGAGAAUGGCUAGAGCACAAGGACAUGCACCAUUAUUUUUAGAAUCUGCAGCAAAAUCUAAUGAUCCUUUUUUUCAAAUGAAAUAAACAAUUGCAUUUCAUAUGGCAAGUUUUAUGAUGGGAAUUUAGUAAGAAAAACCAUUCAAUCCAAUAAUAGGAGAAACAUUUUAAGGUAGAAUACUUGGAUGCCCAAUUUAUUUGGAGUAGACAUCUCAUCAUCCACCUAUUUCGAAUUAUAUUAUGUUUGGAAGAGAUUAUAAAUUAUAUGGAUCUUUUAGUCCUAUAGUUAAUAUGGGUUAUAAUAGUCUCUCAGGAGAAUAACAUGGUCAUUCCAUUGUACAUUUUCAAAAUACUAAUUUAAAAUUUUAUUACAUUAAUUAACCAUUUACAGUUUAUAAUAUUAUUACAGGAUAGAGAAAUGUUAAUUGUCAUAAACGUAGUUUUUGCUUUUAACCUGAGCUUUAAUUAUGUGCUGUGAUCUAAUUUAACCCUAAGGAUGAAAAUAAAAGCUUUUUUUCAAGAUAAAUCACUCCAAUUGAUCAUUUCUUGGGGAAGAUUUGCAAAGUAUCUCCUAUGUGUAUAUAACGAUGCAAAAUGGCACAUAAAACUGGAUCUGGAUUAAAUUUGAAACUAAAAAUUAAUAAAGAAGAAAUCCUAGAAACUUAUGAUUAAAUUAGUGGAAGAUGGACAUCUCAUUUAGACAUCAACAGCUAAAGAUUUUGGGAUAUUAAUAUACAUAGGUAUUUACUAUUAUUAAUCUACUUAAUGAUAGACCCUAUGUGUUAGAAUUGGAGUCAAGACCUUUGCCUUCAGAUUGCUUAUAUAGAUUAGAUUUAUUACUCAUGAAAAUGUAGGAUAUACAAAGAGCACAAGAAAUGAAAGAGAAAAUGGAAGUAGACUAAAGAAAGGAUCAAAAAUUAAGAUUAAAAAGAUGA